CUCCAGGGACCUGGGCAUCAAUGGCCCUGCGUGUGUUAAGCCAUCUAAGAGAAUAAUCAUAAUAAAUUGCCUGCCUAUAUUUCAAGGGAGAUGUAUUUGGCCCCACCCACUUGGCCCUCAGGGGGUUGACUAGAUACAUACCUGGCCCUCAGAGCAAAGAAAAAGGGACCCCACCCCAGGAGUCUGUCUUCAGAGCGGCGGAGAGUCCAAGUGCAAGAAAAGGAGACAGAAGCAGGGGAGAAAUGUGCCCAGAAGUGGGGGUGGGGGCAACUCCUGAGGACCCCCGGGUGAGGACCCCCACUAGAGCCAAGCAUCCAUUUUUCAAAUGACUCCCUUGUCAGUCAGUUCUGACUUCAUGCAUUGACUGGAAGGCAGGAGCAACCAGGCUGAUUCAUCUCCCAGAAACCCCUUCAGUUGCCUCCACAUUUUGCAUUGCUAGAGGGCUAGAGACUUACUUCUUCUCCCUUUCCUCCUCCUCUUUCUUUUCAAAAAGGUAUCUCAUGGUUUGGGCUCUGGUGCCGUCCAGUCCUGAUUCCUGGCAAGUCUCAUCCAUGCUUGUUCAGGGAUCUGUUUCUUCUCCUGACCUACAAAUUCUGUAACAGAACAAUGUAUUUGCUUUGUAGGAUUUGCUAGAGCUUCUCAUUAAGACGGGACAGAACUUGGCAGAAGACCAAAGGAUACCUUCUGAUCUCUCAGAGGCUUCCUGAGAGCACAGAUGGAUGAGCAAGACCCAGCUGGCCCUGAAGAAGGAAGAGGCCAUGCCAACCAAACUGGAAGCAGUGGGGGAUUCUGGGAAAACUCUGUGCUGAAGAUCCUGGGUGAGGAGGACACCCUCCGCUCAGAGGUGCAGAGCCAGCAGGUGAGGCAGUUCUGCUGCCAGGAGGCCAAAGGACCCCGAGAGGUUUGCAGCCGACUCUACCACCUUGACCAUCAGUGGCUGAAACCAGAAAGGCACACGAAAGCUGAGAUGCUGGACAUGGUGAUCUUGGAGCAGUUCCUGGCUGUCCUUCCCCCGGAGAUGGAGAGCUGGGUGAGGGAGUGUGGAGCGGAGACCAGUUCCCAGGCGGUGGCCCUGGCCGAAGGUUUCCUCCUGAGUCAGGCAGAGGAGAGAAAGCAGGAAAAGGAUCGUUUUGCAGAAAUGGACCUGGAUUCCUGUGAGGCAGAGAGGCCUCCGCUGGACACCAGAGAGAGGCCACUGGGAGACAGAAUGAUGGUGGCAAGACCUCCUGAUCCAUCUUUUCAUGGGGGCAGAAGGGAAGCAGCGGCUGUGGAACCAGAUCAGGGUCCAGUGUGCUUUGAAGAUGUCGCUGUUCGUUUCACAGAUGAGGAGUGGGCGUUGCUGGAUCCUGACCAGAGAGCUCUGCAUAAGGACGUCAUGGAGGAGAAUCAUGGGAUUGUGGCCUCUCUUGAUUGUGAUGAAUUGGAAAUCGAGAACAAAGGUGAACAAGACAAAAUCCCCAGAGAGGAGAAGCCAUGCAAAAAUUUGGAGUAUGGAGAGAGCUGCAGUCAGAGCUCCCAUUCCACUUCCCAACAAAGAAUUCUCAUAGGAAAGAAACCCUAUCAGUGUGUGGAAUGUGGAAAGAGCUUCAUUAAGAGCUCCAAUCUCACUUGCCAUCAGAGAAUUCAUACAGGGGAGAAACCCUAUCAAUGUGUGGAAUGUGGAAAGAACUUCAGUCAGAGCCACCAUCUCAGUAACCAUCAGAGAAUUCAUACAGGGGAGAAACCCUAUCAGUGUGUGGAAUGUGGAAAGAGCUUCAGUCAGAGCUCCAGUCUCACUUCCCAUCAGAUAAUUCAUACAGGGGAGAAACCCUAUCAGUGCAUGGAAUGUGGAAAGAGCUUCACUGAUAGAUCCUCUCUCGCUUCCCAUCGAAGAAUUCAUACAGGGGAGAAACCCUAUCAGUGCAUGGAAUGUGGAAAGAGCUUCAGUCAGAGCUCAUCUCUCACUUCCCAUCAGAGAAUUCAUACAGGGGAGAAACCCUAUCAUUGUGUGGAAUGUGGAAAGAACUUCACUAAUGACUCCUCUCUCACUUCCCAUCAGAGAAUUCAUACAGGGGAGAAACCGUAUCAGUGCAUGGAAUGUGGAAAGAGCUUCAGUCAUAAGAGUGAUCUCACUUCCCAUCGAAGAAUUCAUACAGGGGAGAAACCCUAUCAGUGUGUGGAAUGUGGAAAGAGCUUCACUACUAGAUCCUCUCUCACUUCCCAUCAGAAAAUUCAUACAGGGGAGAAACCAUAUCAGUGCAUGGAAUGUGGAAAGAGCUUCAGGAAGAGAUCCUCUCUCACUUCCCAUCAGAAAAUUCAUGCAGGGGAGAAACCCUAUCAGUGUGUGGAAUGCGGAAAGAGCUUCACUGAUAGAUCCUCUCUCACUUCCCAUCAGAGAAUUCAUACAGGGGAGAAACCAUAUCAGUGUGUGGAAUGUGGAAAGAUAUUCAGUCGCAACUCCUUUCUCACUUCCCAUCAAAGAAUUCAUACAAAGGUCGGAAAAAUCUUUCAUUCUGUAGCUUUAGGAGCCAUGCAAAUCCGCACCUUUUUAACCAGGCCUUUGGCUGAUUGACAUCUAAGGCCCUUUUAAGAUGUGGUGGGGAGUUGAGUUACUGAUGUGUAUUUUGUGUUUUUAUGUUGUUUUUAUGUUGUAACUGUCCUGAGACAUGUGGGAACAGGAGUCAGCACUUAGAGACCAAGGGGUUUUUGCCCCCCAGUGAUAUAUUUGAGGGGGCCACCCCCCAGUUGAUAGGCAUUGCCAUUCCAAUGGCCUGCAUGCAUCAUGUGAUUGAUUGUGCAAGUAGGGCCUUACCUGGCCCCUUCCUCCAAUAUUUUAUGCAAGUUGGCACCACUGGGUUGGGUGGUAUAUAAAUUAAAUAAAUACAUUAAUCGCC